AUGGGGAAAUUCUACGGCCUACGAGGCACGCAGUUGAAUAUUGCAAUCGCGGUGGUGGCGGGUGUGGAUUUCGCUCUGUUCGGGUAUGAUCAGGUAUUGCUCCAUCCCUGCCGCACGAGACGUGGCUCGCACACAUGAUUAACCAGAUGGCUUUUUCUUGGGUAGGGUGUCAUGGGAGGGCUUCUGACCCUCAGAUCCUUUCUCAAAUACUUCCCUCAGAUCGACACGCAGAACCCACCGGAUGGUGACGCGAGCAAGGCUUCCAAUGUCCAGGGCAUUACGGUUGGCGGAUACACCCUUGGGUGCUUCUUCGGCGCUGUGGCUACGAUCUGGCUAGGAAACUUGCUGGGACGAAAGCGGACGAUCUUGGUUGGGUCGACCAUCAUGGUCAUCGGAGCUGCUAUCCAGUGUUCUUCGUUCAGUCUUGGGCAGCUUAUUGCUGCGCGAUUGAUCACCGGGUUUGGAAACGGUAUUGCUCUUUGCCAGUCACGACAGUGAAUUCGAGCUGACUGUACUCUCAGGCAUGAACACAUCGACCGUGCCAACAUGGCAAUCCGAGACAUCGAAAUCGCAUCGGCGUGGCCAGAUGGUCAUGAUCGAAGGCUCGCUGAUCGUCUUCGGCGUGAUGCUGUCUUACUGGAUUGACCUGGGCUUCUCCUUCCUCGACCCCUCGACCAUCUCCUGGCGAUUCCCCAUUGCCUUUCAAAUCCUCAUGGCUCUGUUUGUCUGUUUCUUGGUCCCAGGCUUGCCGGAAUCGCCUCGUUGGUCAGUAUCAAGCCUAUGUCCAACGAUUGAUCCCAACGGUGUGCUAAGAACCAUGACAGGCUCACACUGCAGGGAAGAGAGGCUGAAGCGCUCGAAGUGCUAUGCGCCUUGAACGACACGACGGAAGAUGACCCACAGAUCCAGAACGAAUUCAAAGCUGUCAAGGACACCGUCUUUGAAAUGGCAAAGGGAAGCUUCGCCGAUGCUUUCAAGUUCAACCGAAAUCGCAAUUUCCAUCGGACUGCGCUGGCUUACGUCAACCAAAUGUUCCAGCAGAUUUCUGGUCAGUCUUCCUCUACUUAUGGCAUGUCGGGCUUCUUCGCUAAUCUUCUGGACAGGUAUCAACAUCAUCACCUACUACGCCGCCACGAUCUUCGAAACGAACAUCGGUCUCUCUCCCUUCCUCAGUCGUCUCCUUGCCGCUCUCAACGGCACGGAAUACUUCAUGGCUUCUUGGGUUGCCAUCUUCACCAUUGAACGUUUUGGACGCAGAGCGCUCAUGUUGUUUGGAGCUGCGGGACAAGCCAUGUCGAUGGCGGUGUUGGCGGGUACUACGUCGAUUCCCAGCGAUGAUCCUCGAAGCAAACAGGCUGGAAUUGCAGCAGCCGUAAGAUACUACAUGCGCCACCAACCCACCCUGGCUGGACAAUCGAUUUGCUGACCGUGGGAUCACAGGUCUUCCUCUUCGUCUUCAAUUCCUUCUUCGCCAUCGGCUGGCUCGGUAUGACAUGGUAAGUAAAAUGGAUCAUACGCGAAAAAAGCACCAAACCAUGUCUCCAACGACGCCCGCUCACCUCUCUCUCUCACAAGGUUAUACCCGGCCGAAAUCACCCCCCUCGACAUCCGCGCGCCCGCCAACGCCAUCUCGACCACGGCAAACUGGAUCUUCAACUUCAUGGUCGUCAUGGUCACCCCGGUCGCCUUCAACGCCAUCGGCUACAAGACCUACGUCGUCUUCGCCGUCAUCAACGCCUUCAUGUUUCCGUGCGUGUACUUCUUCUACCCGGAGACGGCAUACCGGAGUCUGGAGGAGAUGGAUGAGAUUUUCCACGGGGUGCAAGGGUGGAAGGGGGCUUUUACGGUGGUGCAGGUGGCGAGGACGAAGCCGAGACGGUAUGGCAAGAAGGGGGAAUUGCUGAUUGCGUAUGAGGAGACGGAGGAGGCGAGGCAGGUGGAGAGGAGGCGGAGUAGUGUUGUUGUGGGUGGUGUUGGGGAGAAGGGGGAUGAGACGAGGAGGGAGAAGGUUUGA